AUGCACUUUUUGACUGGAGUUGAGGACGGCCCUGGCGAGUAUUGUCCAAUGACUCCAUCCAAAGUCGCCGAAUUGUUGCCAUUGAGUCUCAAGCGGUUGAACUUGUUUGUUGAAUUUGCCGAUAUGGAGGAUGAAUUUGAAGAAAUUUUGGACAGUGAAGAAGAUCUAUGGCAUUUACUUGAGGCCUGCAAGGCAUCUCUACAAAACUUGUCGGAAAUCACUGUUACAGGAAACGGCGAUAUCUACGGAGCAGGACAUAUUAUGGAUGCUUUUGAGCAAGCUGGAGUUCGUUUUGAAGUCAUCACUGCGGAUUCGGUAGGAGCAGACUCUUCGACGGCCUUUUCUUUGCCUUUUGGCUCCUUUGGCUCAACAGGGGUUGAGGGGCGGGAUGAAGAUGAGAGUUCGUCACCGAGGUCUUCAUAG